GCAGUUUGUGCGGGGAAGGCUCUUCGUUAUGUCAGGUCUUGUAUGGAUUUGUUAUUUUCUGUCAUUAUUUAUUGAUUUUUUAAAACGAAAAUUGCAACAAAGAAACAUCUGUAAUUUGUUGAAAUUAAUAGUUUAUGUUCAAUUUUGUUUUUAUUUUAUGAUUUCAUAGUUACUGUUUCCUUGGUUUGUGUGGAUAAGCUUUUGUGUUUCAAUUUAUUAUUUUAAAAUAUAUUUAUAAGAAGCUGAUGUUUUGGUCUUAGAUGUCUACCUACGUGUUCUUGAUUUGAAAUGAAUCCAAAACUGCUCUGGUAGCUUUUCGAGUAUAAAAUCUCUCCUUCCCUCUCAACACAUUGUAACACUGUUAGCCCUUGUUCAACUGUUCACUUAUUGAGAUUAUAGUAGACAAAAGGAUAAAAAUGAGAUAUCGUGGAUCGAAAAUAUCGAAGAUAAUUGAAGUAGAGCAGCCAUGGAAACCAAGAAGAAAUAGAAGAAACAGAAAAUGGAGAGAAGGGCCAAGAAAUAUGCAGGCAUGGUCAACUAAAAUCAUUAAGCUGUUGGAUGAUGAUAUGAAUGGUCGUAGUAGUCCUUGCUCUGUCGUCAGUUUUUCACUUUCUUUGGAUAACCAGAUUGAAGAUAUGCAGGGAAAUAGUGAAUGGAUCAGGACAGCGCACAUCAAGGAUGGUUCUGUGAACGAGCCAGAUCGACGCUCUCCAUUAUUUACGGGAAGAAUGCUGAGAAGGAAUCAUUUUGCAGAUGAUAAUUGUGCUCCAAGACGAGGUAUUUCUUAUGAAUUUCCUUCCGAUGGGGGACAUAAUCCUAACACAUCCCGGCUCUCAAUUCGUGAACGCUUAGAACCUCCUCACGUUAACAGGGAACGACCAGAAUUUGAUAUUCCCUCUCGCUUGGAAUCACCUGAAAUGGAUAUCCAUCAUGAUCUGAAAUUUUCAAAUAUGGAUAUGCAGCAACAUAUGGAAGGACCAUUGGCCAUCAGAUCGAGGGAUCGUAUGGAAGGACCUCUGGCUAUCAGAUCAAGAGAACAUAUUGAGGGACCACCGGCUAUCAGAUCAAGGGAAGCCGUCGACAUUGCAGUUCCCCCGGAGCAGUUUGGUUUCCGUCAGAAUCAUCAGGACAAGGAACCACAUUCUCACCUUCCUCCCAGAGAUGAGUAUGACGCAUACAACGGUGAUAGAUUGGCAAGAAAUGGUUUUCCAGCGCCUCAAAGAGCUCGCGCUUUUCGACGCUCUCUGUAUUUUCCUCCAGGCUACAGAAGCCCUCCCAAAAAUUCCAACGCAGCUAGGCAGAAGAGAACAAUUUGGCCUUGGUUGAAGACAUCAGCUGAUUGUUCCGAGGAUACUCCGGACUAUACGGACCAUUAUGUUAGAAGGGAUCAUAUAGAUUUCAAUGCUGAGAGAUUUGAAAGAGAUCCAUUGCUGCCCCCAGGGCAGAGGCAGUACGAGCAACCUGAGUACUAUCGCCCACACUACUUGGAUCACAGCGGAAACAGCCUGAGGGAAUCGAGAUCAGAAAUGUCAUUGCCCGCCCAUGAAAUUAGGAGCUAUCCUGAUUAUCGAUCGGAAGCCUGCGAGAGGAACUAUAGCAACCGGAGGGAUGAUGGUAGGUUCGAUUGGUCAUAUUCUCGAGUCGAAGCUUAUGGUUCAUCCUUCUCUCCGCAGAGGUUCAAUGGCUCGAGGUCUUUGCAGUACUCACCAGGUUCUCCGCACCCACCUCACGAUUCUUUCAUGGGUACUCCACAAUACAGAAGUCUUAUGGAGUCGCCGUCGUAUAAUUGGGAAGGUCCCCAUGGCCGCAACUACCAACACUCGUACCAGGAUAGCUUCUCCGAUGAAGAUUUUACUGAUUCGGAUCUGUUAGACAACGAAGAAGAAGAACCUGUCGAUAAACCAAAAACGAAAGUACAACAGAUGUGGAAGACACUGGUAAAAGAGAGAGGCAUCUUGGUGUCUCGCGAAGGAGCGUCGGCGGCCAUGAACAGGGAGAGUGCGCACCACGUCAAGAAGUUCCUCAUCGAGAGGGCCUCCGAUCCGAUCAACUUUAUUGGCAAAUGGAGGCCGAGGUUCUUGAGGAGCGGGCUGGUCCGCCGCUCGGGCCUGUACCAGAUGGUAUGCAAGGACCACCAGACCGUGACGUGGACCCUCAAGCAGGCGAUCCCGCCCUUGGAGGGCACCGGCUUCAAGAUCCUAAAGCGGCCCUACGACUACGACUGCGGCCCGGUCAGGGUCAGCCUGUGGCUGUAUUCGGAGCCCGCCAACCCCCACGAGGCCCUGCAAGGGCUGGACGCCGAGAACCCGGGCAUCGGCGUCUCCGCCUGGAGGCUGGUGUCGGUCGACGUUACGGACGGGUGGAGGCACUUCACCGUCGAUGUCGGCAGGGAGUCUGCGAUCUACCUGGAGAGCAAUGGCUGGACCAUUCUCUAUUGGAACACCUUGUUGCCCGUCACUAGGAUACUCAAUAAAGCAAAGCAGCUGUUUUGUAAUCAACUUGCGGGGGAUAAUCCAUAAUAAUUACUCACUCCGUUUGAAUGGACUAGAAAAAAAAAACCGGGGCCAUCGAGAUGCUCUAAAUGUACAUAGCGAACGAAAUACAUAGAGAAUUCAGUCAGUAGGUAAAUGGUGUUUAAGUCACCUCUGCAGUGUAAUAAAUGGAGAAUAAACUUAAUUUUAAAAAUGU